GGGGAAGAUCCGCAGUGCAGUGGGGAGUGCCCACUGCUUGAUGUCCCAGAAGUUCCAGACAGUUCCGGGAGCUGUGUGAGGGAGAAUCUGAACCCCGACGCACACCCCCGCCCCGGCUCUCAGGACCUGGCAGGGUUCUGGGACAUGCUGCAGCUCUCCAUCGAGAACAUCAGCCUGAAGUUUGACGAGCUGCACCAACUCAGAGCCAACAGCUGGAGACCUCUGAGCCCUCCAGACAUUCAGGAGAGAAGGAUCCCCCCUCCCGUGCCAAAGAAGCCCCAGAAGGGCCACCCCCCCCUGGCUAGAGACCGCUCUCUGGAGAGCUCUGAGCGCCAGCGUGUGGAGGCCAGAAAGCGCCUGCUAGCUGCCAAGCGAGCGGCGUCCGUUCGUCAGAGCUCGGCCACGGAGAGCGCCGACAGCAUCGAGAUCUAUAUCCCAGAGGCUCAGACCAGACUAUGAGACACUCAGAUGCAUGUCCUCACACACAUGCCCUACACACUGUCCCUAUAGCACCCAACGGUAAGGCUCGGGUGCUAACAUAACCACGUUUUGUGCGGACUUCCCAAAAUCACUGUGGGCUCAGUCUGGAUGAAGAAAUGUAUAUUUACAGUAUUUAAUUUAUUUAUUUAUUUAUCUAUCUCCCCUCCCCUCCUCUCAUUUCCUCCUCCCAGCUUUGAUGUAGCAGUCCCUCCUCUUCCUCUCCCUCCUCCUCUUUCCCUCGCUGUCAAAAACUUAUAAAUCCCUUUUUUGAAGUGGCCUAACACCACAGAGAAAGCCAGGUGUAGCACAGCUUCAUGUUGUUAUGUUUCAGGUGGGCUGUGUGUGUGUGUGUGUGUGUGUGUGUGUGUGUGUGUGUGUGUGUGUGUGUGUGUGUGUGUGUGUGUGUGUGUGUGUGUGUAAACAUGCCAUCACACACACAAACACAACGAGUGAUCAAAUCAAACGGAGAAACACCUAUUGACCUAUUUAUUGUUUGUUUAAAAUUCCUUUAAAUUCUGAAUAAAUACGAUUACAUUACAAAAUCAUGGUGAAACAGACUUCAGCCAAUCGGGACGAGUUAUGAACUACGGAAGAGAAUUAGGGCAGAAUCUCAGAAUCUCAGAAUUCCAACUUUUUAUUUCAGAAUUCCAACUUUUUUCUCAAAAUUCCAACUAUUUUCGGUACUAGGUAAAUUGAGUUUUCCACAUCUAUAGGUAAAAAACUCAACUUCCCUCCUAACCCACUGCUCUGGCUUCGUAGCACACCCCCCUCCUUAAAGGAACCUUCAGUGUUAGUGAGCGAAACAAUCGGCUCUCUGUCUUGAAACAGGUUUUUCCAGAGGUCAAAAGGUCAACAGGUCACCCUGCGCUCCUCAAGGUGAGCCGGAGCUGUUUUUGAGUCAGGAGCUGAUUUUAAGCUUCUGCAGAGAGUGCCACGAACAUAAUCUGUGUGUGUGUGAGUGUGUGUGUGAGUGAUAAUAAGAGUGUGUGUGUGAUUCAUUUGGAAAGAGCUUCCUCUUCUCUAGGUCAGAAGAUUAAGGUAGCAGAAUCAACUAACUGGAAACACCGCCCGUCAUUCACACUGAGCAACAACACACAAUAUAACACACGCAUGAUGACACUUAUAUUGUUUUAUAAACAGGUUGAAUCCUUCUCUCAUAUUGCAUUUAAAUUAUUCUGACUACUGCUUCAACACUGGUACAGUUUUGAGACUGAAGGGCAGUUUCCUCCUCACUGUGUUCGCCUCCAAACCAAGCAAUUAUCAUACAAAAGAUAUCCGAUUUGUAAUAUUUUGUAUUUGUGUUUUAAUUUAUUCUUUCGGGAAAACAAUGACUGUUUAAAGACAUUGCAGUUAUUAUGAUAAUGCACUGACGACAAGGCCCUCAUACUGUGUUUGUUUUUAUUUAUUCUGCAGCAUGUCUUUUCUGUUCCAGUGAUCAGCCUUAAUUUCUAAUAUGAUAGUCGAGCACAACAGCAGUCUCAGGGGAAGAUGUGUGUGUGAGUAUGUGUGUGUGCGUGUGUGUGUACGUGUGUGUGUGUGUGUGUGACCCAUGGCUUACUGUAUAUAAUCCCUGUCACCAGAAUAGGCCAUGAUCUUUAAAGAAAAGCACCCAUGCCAUCUUUUUAAUGAACAUCUCAGCCCUCAGAGCGGUGCAGUGAUGACAGAUUUCUGAAGCUAGCAUCACAACGGGAUUUUACCAUUGGAUUUCGGUAUAUCGCAGGAAUUAGCCACACGUUUACGAUACUUUCACGUUUUGUUCAGCAGGAUAAUCUCCACAUAUUAACACGUUGUGAUAUUUUAGAGUGUUAAUAGCUAUCGCCAGAAGUAUUAAGCUAACGCUAGGCUAUAAACAAACUACAUCACGGUCGCACGGCUGCACACCGCUAAGCUAAAGGUGGCUAAUGUUUGUUAGCAACCGCCAUUCUUAAAUUUGGGGUAUUUACUGACGUAGGAGAACAAAACGUGAAAGUAUCUAAAACUUGUGGUCUGAAACUGCAGUUUGGACGUGUUUGGCACCUGUGGGCCACCGUACAAAACUUCAAAACAAGCGAAGUGGUAAAAUGCUAAGUAAUUCCUGGGUUUUCGGACUCAUUCCUGCACCACUCUAUCACUACUUCAAUGUAACACGGUAUGUCUGUCAGCUGCUUGAAUGUGGAGACAAUCCUGAGCCAGUUUACCCCCACAUUAUUGUUUUUAAAAACAGAAAUGCAGGACGUUGGUGUGAAGUCCAAUCCUCUGUUUUGAUCUGGGAAGAGUUUUGUGCCAUUUGGAUAAUUCUAGGUACGGAUAUAUAUUCCUGUCCUUAUUUAACGACUUCCUGAUUGAGUGGCGUCUGUGAAGGAACUCAAGUGAUGAAGUGUGGUAUAAUUUGUAUUUCCUUUAGUUAAGUAUAGAGAGGAUGCAUAAUUAAUAGAUCAAACCUAAUGCCAUUUUAUGUAGACGAAGCUCAUUUGAGUAUUUUUUACUUGUAUUUGAAUAUGUCUGUCAAAAGGAUUGACUUCUUAUUUAUGUUUAUUAUAUUAACAUAUCAAUAUAACGCUCCUGGUAUAGCAGGGAGGUAGAAUGUUGGACACUCCAGCACUCCUGAAGCUUGUGAUGUAGUUAAAGAUUAAACAUUUGUACAUAAAUGAAUGUUUCCCUAUGUAAACUAAAAAAAAAAAAACUAUGAAUAUUAAGCAGAUAUACAUUUUGUAUUUACACUGUUGAUGUUAUGGCACGUGUAUGAGCUCUUAUCAGCAUUAAAACAAAUAUAUCAUUGCCA